UGAAUUAAAGCAGGAAAAUCUCACACAUCUUGCUGAACAAGAAAACAUCACCACACAUGGAAUUCUAGCAGCAGUUGCCACAUUUGACCAUGUACAAAUUCUUAGCAUAUUUAUGCCUAGAAUACUUACUUGAGCAGCAGGAUUCGAACGAGUCGAUCACAUCGAUAUAUAGUCACGAUUAGAGUGUUUUCCACCUGAAAAUGUCAAACUCCCAAAACCAAAAUCCAGCUCCUCAUGUAGCUCUCCUUCCCAGCUCCGGCAUGGGUCAUCUAACACCUUUCCUCCGGUUCGCUGUUUCGCUAGCCCAACACGGUGUCCAGAUUACCCUCAUCACUACUCACCCAACUAUCUCGCUAGCCGAGUCACAAACUCUCUCUCACUUCUUCUCCACUUUCCCUCACAUCACUCCAAAGCAACUCAAUCUCCUCCCGUUGAACAAUGCUACUUGUGACAAUUCAGAAGAUCCUUUCUACGUCAAAUACGAAGCGAUUCGCUUAUCAUCCCAUCUUCUGAAACCGCUUCUCUCCUCAUUAUCGCCGCCUCUCUCUGCUCUUGUCACAGACAUGAGCUUGGCCUCCACAGUCAUUCCAGUCACCCAAUCUCUUAACCUUCCCAACUACAUUUUGUUCACUUCAUCAGCUCAAAUGUUGACACUUUUUGUGUCAUUCCACGCCACAGUUGGCUCAAAAGCUCCAAACAAUACUAAAACAGAGGAUUACUUUCAAACUGGUCUGCAAUCGAUACCGAAAUCAAGGAUUCCCCCACCACUACUCUCAGACACGCCUAACCUUUUGCGAACCCAAAUCAUAGAGAAUGGGAAGAAGAUGAUACAAUCAGAUGGAAUCCUGGUAAACACAUUUCAGACCAUUGAGCAGGAUUCCUUGGGAGCACUUAAUGAUGGGAAAGUAGUAAAUGGGCUACCAAGGGUGACUGCAAUUGGCCCAUUUCCUCUAUUGGGUAUUGAAAGGACCCAGUCAGUACCAUGGCUUGAUGAUCAACCAGAUGGGUCAGUUUUGUACGUGAGUUUUGGGAGCAGAACUGCCAUGUCAAGGGAGCAGAUUAGAGAAUUGGGUGAUGGGUUGGAGAGGAGUGGAUGUAGGUUUUUGUGGGUGGUGAAGGAAAAGAAAGUGGACAGAGAAGAUGGAGGGGAACUGGGUGAAGUUGUGGGAGAUGGGUUUAUGGAGAGGGUGAAGGAAAGAGGAUUGGUGGUGAAGAAUUGGGUGAAUCAAGAGGAGGUAAUGAGUCACAAAGCAGUUGGAGGGUUCUUGAGUCAUUGUGGGUGGAACUCAGUGACCGAGGCGAUGUGGAACGGGGUGCCUAUACUGGCUUGGCCACAACAUGGGGAUCAGAAGAUGAAUGCUUUUGUGGUGGAGAGGAUUGGGAUGGGGUUGUGGGCGGAGGCGUGGGGGUGGGGAGGAGGAGAGGUGGUGGUUAAGGGAGAGGAAAUUGCAGAGAAAGUUAGGGACAUAAUGGGGAAUGAAUUGGUGAAAGCUAAAGCAAAGUGUGUUGGAGAAGAGGCUAGAAGAGCAGUGGGAGAUGGUGGGGGAUCCGAGAAGGGGUUAAUGGAAGUUAUAGAGAUUUGGAAGAAGUCAUUUUAGUCACUUGAGCAAUAUGCUCGUUCCAUUAUCACGUCUUAUUUAGUUAUUUGUCGCAAAAGUCAUGUUUGCAACAUGAGCAAAGGGGUAGCAACUCUUUGCUUUCCAUCGCUUUUAUUUGUACUUUUUCUGUCCGUCUUAGACGAAAUGAACGAAGAAGUAAAACUAGACUCAAAAAAAAAACGAGAUUACGCGAACUUCUUUUGCUUAUUGUUUGUUAACUGGUC